AUGCUCGACGGUCUGGGGCUCGACGAAGCGAUUGAUGGCCUCGAGGAAGAUGGAGAGACACAGGGCGACGAGGAAGACGCCGUUGAUGAGGGCACCGAGGGUUUCAGCGCGUUGCCACUGUCACCGCCAGCCGUUAGCUUUGUAGAUGGUGAGAUAGCUGAAGUGCUGUCAUCGCCGUUAGUAUCAGCAUCAGUAUCAAUAUCGAUAGUUCAGGAGAACCCGCAAGGGCUGCAGACAGGCCAACUCACCGACGCUGAGCUCGACGACGAAGAAGACGGAGUCGAUGAUGAGGAGGAGGACGAUCCUCUGCGACUUGGUCAAUCCCAUCCUGCCGUCGUCGCUGUCGCCGUCGCCGUCGCCGUCGCUACCUGGAGUAUUGUUGUAGAAGAGAAGAAGAAAAGAAGCAAAGAAGAAAAAGAAGAAGCGCCGCCAGGGCAGAGCAACGAGAAGAAGCAAGGAAGAGAAGAAGAAGAAGAAGAAGAAGAAAAGAAAAGCAGAAGAAGAAGCGAAGAAGAAGCCAAAAAGCGAGGAUGA